UGAAAAUCUGUGAUUAUUCAUUAACUCACAGCUGAUCUUCUGUUUUCUUGUGAACGAAAUCAUUUUUUAUAUGUUAAUAAACCGAUAAACAUCUCUUUAGAGGUGAAUAUGAUUCGAAACGUAGUUUUAGGGUCUGGUGGUUUAGUUGCUUUGGUUCCCAUCAUUAAAGCGGCUAGUCCUGUACAAGAUGAUCCAGCCGGGCCACUUAAACCACCCCCAAUGAGAUAUACAGACCUCCCUAUUUAUGACGCACCUCAUGCGGAAUAUGGAGAAUACGUACAAUCAAAAUCAAAGGCUGCCAAGAACAGCUACAUUAAGUCAGUACUACAUCCACCGGUAAAGGCAGUUCGUGAGCAGGUGCAAUAUGUUUGGGACCAGACUGAAAGUGUUAAACAUACUGUACAGGACAACUACAAUGAAUUCCGGGACCGGUCAGACUGGAUUGUACAGUAUUUACGAGAAGAAGCAAAUAAAGAGGCUCGUUAUGGUGCUGUAGCUAUGGGUGGAUUAGCUGGAUUCAUAUUUGGCCUCAGAGGGGGAGUUUUCAGGAGGGUCUUGUAUGCAGGUUUGGGCACCACAGGCAUGGGUUUAGUUUGCUUCCCUGAGGAAACCAGAGAAUUAUUGAAGAGCAAUGGAGCUCUUGCCAAACAAUAUAUUAACAUAGCCUACAACUUUCUAUAUGGAGUUAAGCCUGGAGACCCACAGCUAGAGAUCAAAUUCCCUGAAUUAUCUUUCCCCAAGGAUUUCUCGGAAUUUGUUGAUUUGACUGUGUCAAUGGCUUCUUCUGUCAAGCAGGCUGUCAUGCCUCCUCCAACUAAGGAAGCAUUAGAUUCUAAACCAUCAGAGAAAAAGAAUUAGUGGACACACUCAAGACACAUAUGUCGCUCUUAUUGCUUGCUCGUAAAGGCGAUGCUAUAGUUAAAAUGUAUCCAUAAAGAUGGCAUCGUCUGUAGUAGAGGAACCAGUACUUAUGUAACAAAAUCUUUUUAAUUUUCAGCAUACCUAUUUAAAGAUGAACUAGAUGAACAGUCAGUAAAAUCAUCCUCAUAAGAAGAUGAAGCAGUCGACUAUG